UAGCGACCGGCCAGCAGCGGUAGCGGUCGUCUCGUGUCACAUAAAAUCAACCCCAGAAUAGUGUGUCGCGAAACAUCUUCCCUGUAGUGUCAUAUAAAAAAGUUGACAUUAUCCGUCGUCGUCGUCGGCUUGCACUUGUACAAGUUUAAUUUUAUUUAUUUCGCUCUCCCAGUCAAAGUCGGAUUUAUAUUGUUGAUUUUGUUUGUUUGUGCAGUCUCCACUUUAAGACGCCAUAUUCCGGAAUAUCAAGUUCAUAGUCAAUGAGGCUUUGAAUUAUUAAAAUCCACAGAAAAAUUCCUAUUCUCCUAUUCCUUUGAAUGCCAAGAAGAAACCAGUGGCGAAAAGAUGUCAGCAAUUAAUCUUUCAAAUAUAUCGUCGCCGUACCUUAUGACAACGACAACAAGGAGGAGGACAUUGCUUCUUCUUCUGUUCAUCACCUCUUUGGGCACACUUCAAGCAUGUCCGGUUUACCUGACCAUUUCCUUAAAUGGAAAAUCCAUCGAAGAAUCUUUUGUGGAAAUAAACUGGGGACCGGAUUGCCGCAACAAACCCGAAUGGAUUGGCUUGUUUCCCGAUGAUCCAUCCAUCUCCAACACACAACCAUUGGCCAGAGUUGAUGAUCUUAAAAAUUCUACCGGAAAAUUCAUAACAGAUGUUAGAAUUGGAAAGUUAAGAUUUCCAAGGGGAUGGAAUCGUGAUGAUGUUAAUACACUGCCAGCUGAAUAUCCAAAGGGAAAAUGUUUGGAUUUUUUUGUGGCAAGUUUUAAAGGCAUGGAACUUUUGGCGGUGGAAUGUUUAAAGAUUUUACCAAAUUGGAUGGGAAAAACUGAAAAUGUUGCUGAGGUUCCACUUAAAAGUUUAUUUAUUCCAGGAACUCAUGCAUCUGGAGCUUUUAAUUCAAAUCAAAAAUCAAAUCUUAUCAAAGACUAUGCUUUCUCUCAACAUGUUGAUGUUUGGUCACAAUUGAUAUUUGGUAUUCGAUUUCUUGAUAUGAGUAUUGGAAUAAACUUGAAAAAGAGUCGAACACCUCCAGAGGAUGACAACUUUUGGAUUGUAAACGAAAACAUGCUAGUUUCUAAGCUAACUCCGAUUUUGAAAGAUGUUAAACGUUUCGUGGAAACUUCAGGAGAAAUUGUUAUAAUGGAUUUUAGUUCGUUUCCCAUUGGUUUCUACAAACGACCGGAUAGACACAGUGACCUGCUUCGUGUGAUUGAAAAAGAAAUCGGUGAUUUAGCCUAUAAACGUAAUUCCACCACAGAUCCCAACUUUAAAUGCUAUGAACUAUCAAUGAAUGACAUCCGCAAGACUGGCAAACACUUACUGUUAAUCUAUCCCAUUGAAGAGUUGCCAUAUCCCGAUAGUGAAUCCGAGAUACUCUGCCCCACAUGGAAGACAUUCUCACUAGGUGACAUGAAUACAUCCGCAUCAUUGGAUUUUAUGAGGUUUUUGUUUGCAAGGAAAAACGAUUCAGUCAUCCAGGAUGAAGGCUGGAUAUUCCAUGCGGUACUUGGACUUGAACAGGCACUGAACGUAUACAGCAAAGCAAAAACAACCGAACAACGGGCCAGUGUUAUUAAUGUUAAGCUAUCGAGUUGGCUUGGUGGACCAUGGAGUCUUACGGCGAAUGUAGUUGCCGUUGACUUUUUCACUUAUACAAAUAUAAUUGAUAUAGCAAUUUAUGCCAACUUGCAUAAGGCUUUCACCUUAGCGAAUAAAAAUCUUACGCGUUUGGAAAUUGCUAAUUGAUGAAACUGUGCAUUAUAUGGUGACUUUUAAACGGUACAUGAGUAAUGGAUGAAUGGAUGAGUUUUUUUUUUUUUUGUAUUUCAAAUAAAAAUAAUAAUAAUUAAAUAAGGAAACAAAUUUACUAUACGAAA